GUGUGUGUGUGUGUGUGUGUGUGUGUAAUAUGCACCAUACGAUAAAUAUAGUAACUCAUGUGGCGGGUUGUGUGUGGUUUGGGAUGCAGCCUACGCAAUUUAUUAUUUCCGCCUAGGAAGUCGUCCUAAGCUUCUCUUUAAGCUGGCUCUGCUAUGUUCAAAAGACUACUGGCUUUUUUUUUUUUUUUUUUUUUUUUUUUUUUUUUUGCAACUCUGUUGGCAAAUUCGGGGUUGUGCAACAAAAAUGUAAGGGAUAUAUGAAGAAAAAAAAAAUGCAACAUCAUCCACAGUUAUCAGAUGUUUUCAAUUACCAUAUCUUAGGGAAGUAACUCUCCGGUCUCGCUCUUAGCUCAGUGGCCGUUGUGUCCGAGGCGAGAGCGCCGAGGCCGUUAUAUAGCCCUCUAAAAAUAGCUCACCUUUCACUGCCAUGUACGGCCUGAUUGACAAUCGCAUCCGACCAAUCACGCUCUGUUAUUCAAAUCUAGUACCGCCUCUCUGCCCGUUUUAGCGCCGCCUCCAUUGGGUGCCGGAGAGAUCGUCAGCCCCAUUUACUUUAUAUGGUCACGCACGGAAUUGAUGGACAGAAGACGACACGCCCACCUCGCGAGUUGCUCAGCUUCCUCUUACUCGCCAGAGACGGCUAAAGCCCGAGCAACUUGGCUGCUGCUGCUGAAGCACGGGCAAGUCAUCGGCAAGGCUACCUGGAUUUUACAGAGCAGAGGCGGCAGAGUGGCGAUGCGGAAUUAGGUGGCCGUUUCUUUUCCCGGGGCAAGCAGCGGAGAGAACGGGGAUUGCAAUUUAACUCCACACGACAUUUUGUUAAAAAAAGAGCAACAAAACAAAAAUAAUUUCAUAAUUUCUUCUUCAUAUUGCUCCGCUUUUUGCAUUAUUUAUUAUCUUCAGAUCUGUACAGGGGUUUUUUUCCCAGGAGCGCGCGCUGGUCACGGAUCUGAAGAGUUGUUGACGUUGUUGUUGUUUUCACAGAUUUUUUUUUUUUUUUUUUUUGAAAAGUGGGUGCUGGUUCGGUUAUCAUCACGGGAUCAAAUUCUCUUUCUUGAGAGAAACAAAAAUGGACGUGUUGGCGAAUUACAGUAUCUUUCAGGAACUUCAGCUGGUCCACGACACAGGCUACUUCUCGGCGAUGCCGUCGCUGGAGGAGAACUGGCAGCAGACAUGUCUGGAGCUGGAGCGGUAUCUACAGACAGAGCCUAAGCGACUGUCCGACCUCUUCGAUGAGGAUCUGGACUGCCUGUUGACACCAGGUUUCAUGAAGGGGGACAGCGACGAGGACCUGAUGGAUCCACUGCUUCCCAGCUUGUCAGACCAACCCAGUCCGCCGCCGCUGCUCGUGUCUCUGCCCAAAAACCUCCACACUCCAGCCAGUGGUAAGACCAUUGAGGCAGGAGUGAAAGAGGGUAAUGGGGGCGUCCACCCAGCACAACUGAGUGCCGUCACCUCACUAACGCCACCCUCCUCACCAGAACUGGGCCGGCACCUGGUCAAGCCAACGCAGACCCUCACCGCCACGCCUGACGGCACACUGACGCUCAAGUUGGUGGCAAAGAAAGUGGGGCUGGCUACUGCCAAAUUGGUGGCGACACAGUCAUUGCCUUCACCACCGGCCCGGGGAGCACAGAGCGAUGGAGAAGGAGGCUUGGGAUCAGCAGGAAUUAGUGACAUCCCAGAGAACAAGAAGAGGGUCCAUCGCUGCCAGUUCAAUGGCUGCAGGAAGGUUUACACAAAGAGUUCCCACUUGAAGGCACACCAGAGGACACACACAGGUGAGAAGCCGUACAAAUGCUCCUGGGAAGGCUGCGAGUGGCGCUUUGCCCGCAGCGACGAGCUGACUAGGCACUACCGCAAGCACACCGGCGCCAAGCCCUUCAAGUGUAACCACUGCGACAGGUGUUUCUCUAGGUCUGACCAUUUGGCUCUGCACAUGAAGAGGCACAUCUGAGUCGAGGAGAGAAGGGAAAUGAGAGUGAAGGAGAAGGGGAGAGAGAAAGAGAGAGAGAGAGAGAAGGGGAAGAGGGAAAGAACGUCUAAAGAGAAGUUUUUUUGCCCCGUCCAGAGAUGAAGACUCCUGUGGAGACCUCAGUGAGAACCAAGCCUGAAGGAGGCUUUUAUACAAAGAAUAACACAAGGCAACGAGAAUAUAAGAGCAGAGCUUGCUGGAUUCUUCACUUCUUGACAGUUUUCAAAAACAAAACAAAACAAAAACAAACAAAAAAAAAUAAGUAAUCAUGCCAUUUUCUCAUUUUUUUUAAAUCAGUUACUUAGCUCAAGCUACUAGCUUGGGAAUCAGACACUGCCAAGCGAUAGCUGUUUUUCCGCACUGUUGCUCUUCUUUGUACAGUAAAUCAUAAGUAUGGGACAGAAACCCUGUGAACACUGCAUCGCUCACAUCACAUUUAAUCCGAAAACAACACUUCAGCUCUAGAAAUGUACCUGUGCUCUCAAGUUACACAGACAACACCUUCUGGGGAAAAAAAAAAAAUAAUGACUUCCUUCUUCUUCCGUCUGCACCAAGGACUCAUAAUAAAACUGAACUGCAGGUUCAUACCAUGUACAGCAAGCUGCCACUUUGGAGGAUGACGUUGCCAAACAUUCUGGACAGUGACCAAUGGAGCUAGUGGCCAAAAGCAAGUCCCUUGAAGGAGCCCCUGCGCUGACCUCCUCUGCUCUUCGCUUCAGAGCGUGCUCCUCUCUUCACGCCUGUCACCUCGCAGGCAUCUGAAACAAUGCGCAGCGACACUUUCUUGCCUUUAUUUUUUUUUUUUUUUUAAAGACAGUGUUACAAAACAGAAGAUUGUUUCUGAACUGAG